AAACGCACGUGCACGUGCCACCGGACUGCCUCGGCGCCUGCGCCGUAGUUGCCUGGAGUCGGUGCCCUUAGGCCGCGUUUCGCACCCUCACUUAGUCUGUCAGCGCUAGGCUGUUUUCAGUGUGCUGUGCACUCCUAACAAGCGACUGCGCCAUGAGUCUGACUUCCAACGUAAGAGUUGAAUGGAUCGCAGCAGUUACCAUUGCUGCUGGAACAGCUGCAAUUGGUUAUCUAGCUUACAAAAGAUUUUAUGUUAAAGAUCAUCGCAACAAAUCUAUGGUUAACCCUAACAUUCAGAAAGACAACCCCAAGGUCGUACAUGCUUUUGACAUGGAGGAUUUGGGAGAUAAAGCUGUGUACUGCCGUUGUUGGAGGUCCAAAAAGUUCCCACUCUGUGAUGGAUCUCACACAAAACACAAUGAAGAGACUGGAGACAACGUGGGACCUUUGAUCAUCAAGAGAAAAGAAACUUAAGUCAGCAGUUUGAUGCUGCAAACCAACUUGUCCUGAUUGUUUAAUUAGAAUGACUACCACUUCUGUCUAAUCUGCCUUCUCUGGGUUCUAGAUGUGAUCCAUUGCAAACUGCUGCUUUCAUAUGCAUGGCAUUUGCCAUACUUGUUGAGCCACCAUGGUGCACAGUUGUUUAAACAAAAAAAAAAAAAAAAAAAAGGGAAAAAAUGAAAGCAACAUCAUGGCCUGUGGGUUAUUUUAGUCUUGGAAGGAUCCGUUUCUUUAUAUUCAAUGUAAUCACAUUAGAAUGUACUUGUAUGUUGAAGUUAAAGUAAUAAAUUAUUCUCAAAAUCA